UUCUCGUCCUCUCAAUCGUCCUCCUUACUUGCUCGACUGUUGUUGAGAACACAUCUCUUCAGGAACCUCAGCCUGCUGUAGCGAUCUUUCGACCGGUUAUUCGUGUGUGUGAUUUCGAAUUUCGAAAUAUCCUCAAUCAACAUGUCUAAGCCAGCAUACAAAGUUGCCGACAUUUCUCUGGCUGAAUUUGGCCGCAAAGAGCUGGACAUUGCCGAGAAUGAAAUGCCGGGUCUGAUGUAUCUGCGAGCCAAGUAUGGAGCUUCCAAGCCGUUGAAGGGUGCCCGCAUCGCCGGUUGCCUUCACAUGACCAUCCAAACGGCCUGUCUCAUCGAGACCCUCAUCGAGUUGGGGGCCGAGGUGACCUGGUCGUCGUGCAACAUCUUCUCUACACAAGACCAUGCUGCCGCCGCCAUGGCCGCCAGAGGUGUGCCCGUCUAUGCUUGGAAAGGCGAGACCGACGAAGAGUACAUGUGGUGUGUUGAGCAAACCCUCGUGUUUCCCGAUGGAAAGCCUUUGAACAUGAUCUUGGAUGACGGUGGUGACCUUACCAAUUUGGUCCACGAGAAGUACCCUCAGUUUUUGGCCGAUAUCAAGGGUCUCUCUGAGGAAACCACAACUGGAGUCCAUAACCUUUACAAGAUGUUCAAGAGUGACAAACUGAAAGUUCCCGCCAUCAACGUCAAUGACUCUGUAACCAAAUCGAAAUUCGAUAAUUUGUACGGUUGCCGCGAGUCUCUUGUGGAUGGAAUCAAAAGGGCAACUGAUGUCAUGUUAGCCGGGAAAGUGGCCUUAGUCGCUGGAUACGGAGAUGUGGGUAAGGGGUCGGCUCAAUCUCUUAGAGGAUUUGGUUGUCGUGUAAUCAUCACUGAAGUCGACCCCAUCAAUGCCCUUCAAGCUUCAAUGGAAGGUUAUGAAGUUUGCACGGUAGAAAACGCCGUGUCGCGCUGUAACAUCUUCGUCACCACGACUGGUUGCAAGGAUAUCCUCACCGGAAAACACUUCUUGCAAAUGAAAAAUGACGCCAUAGUUUGCAAUAUUGGGCAUUUUGAUUGCGAGAUUGAUGUCAAGUGGUUGGAAGACAACUGCGUCAAGAAGACUAAUAUCAAACCUCAAGUGGACAGGUAUACUCUACAAAACGGAAAGAACAUCCUUUUACUGGCUGAAGGUCGCCUUGUGAAUUUGGGUUGUGCCAUGGGACAUCCUUCGUUCGUCAUGUCUUGCUCCUUCUCCAAUCAAGUCUUGGCUCAGAUUGAUUUGUGGACUAACCCAGGCAAAUAUCCCUUGGGCGUUCAUAUGUUGCCCAAGCUCCUGGAUGAGGAGGUGGCUAAAUCUCACUUGGAAGCUCUGGACAUCGAGCUUACCAAGCUCAGCUCUGAUCAAUCUAGCUACCUUGGUAUUCCCGUUGAGGGACCAUUUAAGCCUGAUCACUACAGAUAUUAAACACUUCGCGUCCUGUAUAA